CACCAGGCACGCCGCCUAACUUCCUCAGGGCUUCCUCAGGCUUCAUCUCGGUUCAUCGAUAUCCAUCUCUGGUGCAACUCAUUCCGUUCCCUAGAGCGUCUGCUGUAGUACAAGCCCACCUAUAAAUUGAAGAGGCCGUCUGAAUCUCGGAGAACUGCUGCCUAGUAAAGAGCCGAUUGACUGACUGCAAAGGAAACCUGUUUGGGACACCUUGACACUGAAUACAGGUUUACCUGUCAGGGCAAAUGUCUCUUUUCCGUCGUAUGAUUCCGCGGUUGACGCCCUCAAAGUCUGCGGUAGCCAACGAGGGAGAACCAUUUUGGCUUGAAGCUAUCAAGCAUCAAGGAACUUCUCCGUUCAAUAGUGAUCCAGGAUCGUACCAGGUUUUUCGUAACGUCAAGGAUUUUGGAGCGGUCGGCGACGGGAAACACGACGACACAAAAGCUAUCAAUCGCGCUAUCUCUCACGGUAAACGUUGUGGGGGAGGAAAGUGCAAAUCUUCCACCACUACACGCGCCAUCGUUUACUUUCCGGCGGGGACAUAUCUCGUUUCAAAGUCAAUCAUAGCCUACUACGCUACUCAGCUCAUUGGUGACCCUAAGAAUCCCCCAAUAUUACUGGCUUCAAAUUCUUUCAAUGAUAUCGCUGUUAUCGAUGUCAACCCUUACAUUCCUGGGGGUCAUGGUGCUCAGUGGUACACGGCCACUAACAAUUUCUUCCGUUCUGUGAGAAACUUCGUGAUCGAUGUCACACAGGUACCUGCCACAAAAUCUCAAGGUACAGGUAUCCACUGGCAAGUGGGACAAGCCACAUCACUAUUCAACAUCAAAUUUGUGAUAAUUUGGAUGGAGAAUGGAAGCGGUGGAUUCAUGUCAGAUCUCGAGUUCAAUGGAGGCAAAUUUGGGAUGUGGGUAGGCAACCAACAAUUCACCGUUCGGAACGUUGUUUUCAAUAGGGUUAACACUGCUGUUUAUGCUAUCUGGAAUUGGGGUUGGACAUUCCAAGGCGUAACUAUCAACGACUGUCAAGUCGGGUUUGAUCUACUAACUGGUGGCACAACGGCGGAGAGACAAACAGUAGGCGCUGAGGCGAUCAUCGAUGCUACGGUCACAAAAACGGAAAUAUUCGUACGCUCAUCCACUCCUAGUAACGGAUCCCUUGCCGGGUCCUUGGUCCUGCAAAAUAUUCAACUAACUAACGUGUCUGUCGCUGUCGGUACUGGAGACGGGGCCAUUGUUUUGCCGGGAACUCGAAUUGGGAUCAAAACGAUCAAGUCUUGGGUUCAAGGCAACGUCUAUAAUGGUUCAAACCCAGAUGGGAGGUUUAUCCAAGGACAGAUGGACGUCCCUGCUAUGCCUGCUUCUCUCCUCGGUGAUGACGGAAAAGUCGUUGGACGUACUAUUCCGGUGAGCGGGUUCGUCAGUGUCAAGGAUCACGGCGCGAAGGGAGAUGGAAGGACGGACGAUACGCACGCAAUUCAAUCAGUGUUGAACAAACAUUGCGAUAGCAAGGUUAUUUUCUUCGAUGCCGGCGUGUAUGUCGUCACUUCCACGAUCACUAUUCCUGCGGGUAGCCGUAUAGUCGGCGAGGCUUGGUCUGAGAUAUCAGGAAAGGGUGAAUACUUCAAGGAUGUUAAUAAUCCGAAGGUGGUAGUUCGCGUCGGCGAGCCUGGAUCUCGGGGAUCCGUUGAAAUCACAGAUAUUGUAUUCAGGCUGAUUGUUUUAGCUCCCGGCGCUAUUAUCCUUGAAUGGAAUGUUCGUGGCCACGACGAUAAUCUCGCAGGACCAGGAAUGUGGGAUAGUCAUAUCAUUAUGGACUCGGCGCACUGUCCACAGGGGAGCGAACCUCUAUCGUGUUCCUCGGCUUUCUUGGGAUUGCAUUUGACGUCGAAUGCUACUGCGUUUUUGGAGGGAACAUGGGUCUGGCUCGCGGAUCACGACCUUGACAAGGACGGCGAAGCCCAAGUGACUCUCUUCUCUGGUCGAGGAAUCUUAUCGGAGUCUCGUGGUCCUGUGUGGAUGGUGGGAACAGCCGAACAUCACUCUCUUUAUCAAUACAAUCUUGUGAAUGCAAGUGAUCAUUAUAUGGGUUUAAUACAGACAGAGACCCCAUACUAUCAGCCGGUCCCCCCUGCACCCGGUCCUUUCGGUAUCAAUGACGGCUACAAUGAUCCCGUAUUCGAUCCCAACACGAUCAGCGCUUGGGCUCUACGGGUCCAGUCAUCGCAUAACAUUUUUAUUUUUGGUGCCGGAUUAUACAGUUUUUUCAACAACUAUUCGCAAUCCUGCCUCGCAACUGUUUCAUGUCAACCCCAGAUCGCAGACAUUGCAUCAGACAGCGACGUGUACAUCUAUUCGUUGUCGACUGUCGGGACGACGUAUCAAGUUAGUGUGGACGAGAAGCCGGUUGUCCAUCACGGUGCCAACGCGAACGGGUUUGCACAGACA